AUGAAUCUUGGAUCCGUGAACAGACUACAUAGGAGUAACUUAUAUAGACAAUGGCUUAAAGAGGCUGAUCCUGUCAAGUAUCGUCACUAUUUGGAAAAGCAAAAAAAGCGAGUAAAAGAAAAACGAGAUAAAAUAAAAAGAGAACUUAAAAAGACAAAUCCAGACCCUGAAGUGGUUAAAGAGAAAGAAAGAAUCCUUUCAUUGCAGAGAAAGAGACAAGAGAAAUAUGAAAACAGAAGAAAACAGAGUGGAACAUACUUAAAGAAAUCACGAAAAGAGAAAAAUGCAUGUAUUAUUGAAACCAGGGCAAAAAUUCUGCAAAGGAAAGAGUACAAUCGGCAAGCAAAACGCAAUGAACGUGAAAGAAUGAAUUACCAGAAGAAAGAAUGGGUCAAGAAGAAAGACAGAGAGAGAAAGCGUAGAUCAAGAGAGAGAAAAAAUAUUUCCAAGGCAACAGUUACAGAAGUGCAGGAUAAAUCCAGUACACCCUUCAGAACAAAAAAGAGUGAAUGGAAUAUUACAUCUAAUGUAAGAAAAACACUUCCAAAGUCCCCAAAGAAGUUUGCCACAAUCUUACGCAAUGUAAUCAAAAACUCCAGUCCACAGCAGAAAAAAGUAAGGAAAACCAUCGCUGAUGAGUUCAUCCAUGUUCCAGAAGCUGGCCUAAAGGAAAUGAAGAAGACAACUAAAGGAAAAAAGGCCUUGGUAGUCUUGGCAAGGUCUCUUGUAGUUAGAUACAGAAAUCUUAGCAAGCGCGCAGUUGCUACAAAACUGAAAAUUGACAGAAAAAACCUAACAAAGAAAACUAAGAAAAAGAAAAGAAAAUCACAGGAUGUCAAUAACUGCAUAAAAGAGUUUUAUAAACGAUCAGAUGUAUCACGAGUCCUUCCAACGAAACGUUACGCCACCAAAGAGGGUCCUGGUUAUUUGAUGCAAAUUUCCAUCAGUGAGGCCCAUGCUAAGUUCAAUUUAGAAUCAUCAGUCAAAGUUGGACUUGGGCGUUUUGCAGCCAAAAGACCUAGAAAUGUGAGAAAGCUUGCAGAAAAGUUUCGAGAGUAUUGCUGUUGCGUUUACUGUAUGAACGUCAGAAAUAAACUAUUAACAUUAAAUAGAUGUUGUCCAAAGAGCAAAAAGGUGUCAUCUGAAGGAUCAUUACUAAACAUUCUACUUUGUCGGAAGUCUGACAAUGAGAAAUUUUUCAAACAGAAAUGUGUCAACCGAGAAUGUUCUGCAUGCAAUAAUUUUGCAGAAACAUUGAAAAACUACUACAUGGACAUCCCUGAGGAGAAAACAUUCACAUGGGUAAGAUGGGAGUACCAUAGCCAAGAGGGGCAAAAGAAAAGGAUACUCAAGACAAAGAGUGGACAAAAAAGGGUAAUAUUGGAGGAAUUCAUUCAAGACAUCUUACAGCCAUCACAAGGAACAACAUUUGUUUCCCACCUACACACUGCUAAAUGGCAGGAUUUUCAGUUUUCAUUGAUUAAGAAUACCUUGCCAGAACAAACCCUCCUUCAAGUGGUAGAUUUUGCUAAAAACCGAAGCAUUAAGUAUCAGGAAGAAAUCAAGUCAGUAUUUUAUACUGUUGAACAAAUCACUAUGUAUCCUGUUGUUUCUUACUACCACACUCAACAAGGUGUUGUCAGAGAAGCAGACAUUGUUAUAUCUGAUGAUCUAAACCAUGAUUAUCAUGCUGUGGAUUAUUUUCAGGAGAAAGUUUACAUGGAUUUGAGUAACAGGAUAGGAAUCCCAGAUAAAACUAUUUUGUUUAGUGACGGUUGCAGUGCACAAUUCAAGUCAAGAGGACCUUUUGGAAUAUUGGCCAAGAUGGACAGAAAAGUGAACAGGAACUUCUUUGGCUCUGAACAUGGAAAAGGUGACUGUGAUGCAGAGAUCGGAGUGGUAAACAGGGCCUUAGAUAGAGCUAUUACAGACUGCCAUGAAAACUUAGAAAUUGAUGACUGUCUAUCCAAGAGGAGGUUUUUCUACAUUCCAAAAUCAGAAAUCCAAAGGCAAGGAAAGGAGAACCACACAAAGACUGUGAAAGGAACAAGGAAACUUCACCAAAUAAUAAACAACUCACCUGAAUUGUCAACACUACUUGUCAGAAAUCUUUCCUGCUUCUGCGAGUCUUGUCAGAUGGACAGCCAAGGAUAUUCUUGUGUGAACAAAGAAUUUGUUGCCCCUUUCAAAAAAAUUUACCUCACUAGCAAUUCAGGGGAGCCUGGAAGUUCAAAGAAUAUUACAGAAAGUGCUUGUGAUGAAGGAAAAAGACAACCAAGUCAGAAACAAAGCGCCAACAAAGAAAACAAUUCCAGUAAAAAUGCAGCCAAGAGCACCAAAGAGAAGAAACCAUCCCCAAAAAAGAAGACAAGAAAAAGGACCAGAAAAGCACUUCAACUGGUAAAUGUAACACCUGAACAAUUGUCCAUCGAAGGGGAUGAACGUGUGCUUUUCUUCAGAAACACUCUUUCCAGCCUCCAGAAAUCAUCAUCAUUUGAUGAACUUCAAAGAAGAUGCUUACAUUUAACAGAAGACAAAUAUUUCCGAAGAUGCCAUGUACAAGUGGAUGAUACAGUAACAGUGGUCCAAUCAAAAUUGGUUGCUGAUAAGGUGGCUCUAAGGUUACUGCCUGUAAAUAAUGAUCUAAGCAACAGAUUGCCAGUCAGAAUUACAGGUGAUGGAAACUGUCUGCCCAGGUCGGUCAGUGUCGCAUGUUUUGGCAAUGAGGAACACCAUGAAGAGAUAAGAGUUAGGAUUGUAACUGCCAUGUGCCUGGGGGAAGAAUUGUAUACCAACAAUGACAAUCUACAACAAGGCUUGGAAUUUCCCAAAGGAGAAGGUGAUCAUCUAAGUGUCACAUACACUAUGAUGUCUCAACUGUACACGGCAGGCGAUAAAAUCACACCAUCUGUAAUUAAGAGAAUUUUUAGAGCAGAAGCUAUGGCGGUUGUUAGAGACAAAGAGUGCAUGGGAAUAUGGCAGCUCUUUGCACUCGCUGAUAUGCUAGGAAGCACAGUCUUUUCUGUUUAUCCAGACUUGGGACCAGUACCCAAAGCAGUAUUAGGUCUGGAAAUCAACCCUCUUGUUCUGCGACAUAGGAAGCCUCUGUUCAUUAUGUGGACAUCCACUAGAGAAGAUCUACAAAAGGAAAAUUGGAUACCAAACCACUUUGUUCCUCUCAUCCAAGUUUGUGGUCGGAAUGAGAAUUUCACAGAUGACUCUGAUGAAAAUAUUGAGUUGGAUGACAGUCUCCUGGAUACAUUGCUUCAGACAGUUACUGAUUCACAGGAGAUGGAAAGCCCAAUACCAGUAAUAGCCUGUUCACAGGAGCUGGAAAGUCCAAUACCAGUGAUAGCCAGUUCACAGGAGAUGGAAAGUUCAAUACCAGUGAUAGCCAGUUCACAGGAGAUGGAAAGUCCAAUACCAGUGAUAGCCAGUUCACAGGAGAUGGAAAGUCCAAUAAUAGCCUAUCAGGGAAACCAUCAUUCACGGUCUUUGGAAAGUCCAAUAACAGCAAUUUCACAGGCAAUGGAAAGUCCAAUAGCCAGUUCACAGGAGAUGGAAAGUCUAAUAGCCAGUUCACAGGAGAUGGAAAGUCUAAUGGCCAGUUCACAGGAGAUGGAAAUUCUAAUGGCCAGUUCACAGGCAAUGGAAAGCCCAAUAGCCAGUUCACAGGAGACGGAGAGUCCAAUAAAAGCCUAUCAGGGAAACCAACAUGUCCAGAGUCCAGCAAUCAUUGAUGAUGAGAAUUUAGCAAGUGUGGGUGAACAGAAUCAAGCAACCAUGGACAACAGGUGUAGGAAUGGCCGUUUGUCUCAUUCUUUGAGAAGAAAAGAGGGGGUUGGGUGAUGGGUUCAUUAAAGCAUGCCAUCAUCACCGCUGAUAUUUUAUCUAAAUUGGACCCCCCACAAAUUGAGAUGUAUGGAUCCAGAAUGUUAUACAAAUUUGAAAUGGUGUGAAGAUGAGAACAGAAGAAAUAAUGAAAUUCAUAAAUUGGAAAUAAACUUUUGAAGAAAUACAUAAAAA